CUGCUUUCUUGUUAUCUCUUAAUUAGUCCAAUACGUAAUGCCCCCACGCUCUGCCCCAAUCCACCAAAUCUCUCCUCCAAACCCAUUGGUGGUAGUCCAGAGACCUCUAUAAGUGUGGAUUCUUGGCGGUACAUUGCAGAAUCUGAAAUCUCCGACCCUGAUCUUGCCUAUCCUCGCGUGCUCAAUCCUAACAAUAGAAGUAAUCCGCGUGGAGUUUGUCUCCUUAUCAACCAGCGUGACUUUGACCAAGCCAAAACGGGCCAGGAACGUCGAGAUGGAACCGACAUUGAUGCGGAUGUAGUUGAACGCACUUUUAUUAAGUGUGGCUAUGCUGUCAAUCGAGCCACGAACCUUACUCUUCGAAAGAUGGAAUAUCUCCUGGACGAUGUUCGAAACCAAAACCAUAGCAAGUACGACAGUUUUGUCUGUGUAAUUCUGAGCCACGGUUGCGAAGGUAUGGUCUUUGCUUCAGACGGGACCAUCAACGUGGAUCGUCUGAUUUCCUAUUUCCGCUCAGAUCGAUGCCCAACUCUUGCCGGCAAACCCAAGAUGUUCUUCAUUCAGGUAAGCGCGAAUCUCCUUUUUCUUCUUUGUUAUGCCAGUUCAGAAGGAAUGUUGAUUACAAAAAUGCCCAUUGAAGCCGAUGUCUUCGUUGCCAAUUCAACUUUCCCUGGUUAUUAUGCCUGGCGUAAUUCCCAUACUGGCAGUUGGUUCAUUCAGGAGCUUUGCAAAGUGAUCAAAGCCGAUCAGGAUCUUGGAAAAUCACAUGAUGUGGCCGCUUUGUUAACUGUGGUCGCACGUAAAGUUGCGAUACUGUAUGAAUCCAACACCGGGCAAGCGGACUCUCACGCGUCAAAGCAGAUGGUCAGCGUAACUUCAACCCUCACCCGCAAAGCCUACCUAUUUUAA